AUGUUUGAGCAUUCUGUAAAAGUACCCAGACAUUACAAAGCGGCUGCUAAUAUUUUAAAGAAAGUGUGCUCUGAAGGUGGAAGUAUUAAAACGUUGUUAUACGACAAUAAACUUCGACAUUUCAACGUAAGGUCGCUAUACGCAUUGGUAACUACUGCAGUCAGAAAUACACGAGCCCUAACACGUCUAUUUUCCGAAAUACAAUUAUUAGAGAAAGAGCCCCGCCUUGAUCCAUGGCUUGCCCGUAUUCUGACCAUAGAAAUUCUGUUGGGCAAAAAAUCAUUACCUGGUCACAGCAAGCCGGAACAAACUUUACUUGCUUAUAAAGAACAGAUUGAACAUUUCCCAAUUAAACAUCCAGAGCUCUUCGACUUUAAAGGUCCUCGCAGACCCAGAUAUGUACGUGUCAACACUCUCAAACUGUGCAUCGAAGAGUUCAUUUCGUGGUUUGAAGAUGAGGGAUUCGAAUUUGUCCCCUGCACAAUUGGUACUUAUAAUGACUAUCUGAGUCAGGUACGAAAUCUGACAGAAAGUCAGUUCCUCCAAGACUAUCAUAUCAAGAGCAUAUUUGUAUUCCAUACUGACACAAAGUUCUAUGACCAUGAGUUGUAUACAAACGGCAGGAUUUUCCUACAGGAUAAGGCCUCAGCAUUGGCCGUGCAUUUACUGGCACCGGAGAUGGGAUCCACAAUCCUCGAUAUGUGUGCCGCUCCUGGUAUGAAGACCACGCAAGUAGCUGCCCAUAUCAACAAUAAUGGUAAAAUCUACGCAUGUGAAAGAGAUCCUGAGAGACAAAAUACACUUCAAAACAUCAUCAAGCUAGCCGGAGCCCACGCAGAACUGAUUGCCAAAGACAUUUUCGAUAUAAAGAAAGGCAUGCUGGAUGACGUGGAGUACAUUCUUUUGGAUCCCAGUUGCUCAGGAUCAGGUAUGGACUUGUACGACUACAAGCAAGCAGGGGCAGAAAAACUACAAAAGCUUACGGAUUUGCAAGAGAAGUUAUUAAGACAUGCCACUACUAACUUUCCUAGAGUCAAAAGAAUAGUAUACAGCACGUGCUCUUUGUUGCCGGAAGAAAACGAAAAAGUAGUUUCCAAUAUAAUGAAAGCUGCAAAAAGUAAAUGGCAAAUCCAGUCUGUAAGGGAAUUGCUCAAUAAUCAGUGGAACAACUUUGGUUCGGGUGAAGCUCAUAGUAUAGCUGCGAGGUGUUUGUAUGCAAAACCAGAAUCUGAUUUAACAAAAGGUUUUUUUUUGGCUGUGAUGGAUAGAAAUCCCAGAGACUGGAGUAAGUGUAUGUCAAUGUCGAGUGAGAAAGAAAAAGUAGAAACCAAAAAAAUAAUGGAAUUAACAAGACAGGAAAAGAUAGCAAAAAAAGGAAAGUUAAAAGCAAAUAAUAAACAAAUUGAAGAAGUAGCUAAACCUGACAUUCAAGAAGAAGAAGAAACUGAAGCGCAGAAUGAAGGAGGCGAUCCAGUACCUACAGUAAAUAGUGAAGAUGAAGGACAUUCAAAAAAUGUUGUUGCUGUAGAAAAGAAGUGUAGAAAACAGAAACGUAGAACUGAUGGGGAAAGUCAGUCAUUGAACAAUAUUACUGAUAAUUUGAGUGGUUUACUCAUGGAGGGCGAAGAAAUACCUAAAAAGCAAAGAAAGAUCGAUAAACUGAAACAGAUUGAGGAAAGUGAACCUAACGCUUCUCACGCAGAGGAUAUUUCAUCUAAUAAUAUAACAUGUAGUGAAGAUAUACCUAAAAAGAGAAGAAAGAUCGGUAAACUUAAACAGAUGGAGGAAAGUGAACCUAACGCUUCUCGCGGAGAGGAUAUUUCAUCUAAUAAUAUAACAUGUGGUGAAGAAAUACCUAAAAAGAGAAGAAAGAUCGAUAAACUUAAACAGAUUGAGGAAAGUGAACCUAACGCUUCUCACGGAGAGGAUAUUUCAUCUAAUAAUAUAACAUGUGGUGAAGAAAUACCUAAAAAAAGAAGAAAGAUCGAUAAACUUAAACAGAUUGAAGAAAGUGAACCUAACGCUUCUCACGCAAAGGAUAUUUCAUCUAAUAAUAUAACAUGUGGUGAAGAAAUACCUAAAAAGAGAAUAAAGAUCGGUAAACUUAAACAGAUUGAGGAAAAUGAACCUAACGCUUCUCAAGGAGAGGAUAUUUUAUCUAAUAAUAUAAUAUGUGGUGAAGAAGUGCCUAAAAAAAAGAAACGCAAAAAGCAUGUUGAUAUCAAUGAAGGAGCGGAAGCAACUCAAAUAAGAUCGGAUUCAGAAUUUACAAAGAAAAAAUAA